AUGGUGGUGGUGGCGGUGGUUGAUUCAGCGGCAGGUCACUCGGGCUACGGCGGGAAUCAGGGAUGUGGACACGUCGGCGGAGGCGGACAUAUAGGCGGAGGCGGUGGACACAUAGGCAUCGGCGGCGAACCCUACUACACCAGCAGCACCGACUCUUCCUCCUCCUCAUCUUGGCGAAGGAACACCGCAUCCCCUCGAAGCAGCACCACGAGUCUCACCUCUGAAGACUCAAGCCACGGGUCCGCCACAUCCGCCGUCCUAAGGGACCUCGAAGCCGAAUGCAGGCACGAUCGCAAUCUCCCUCUCCCUUCUGCCAGAGUGCACCGUAGCGCCACCACCGCCUCUUCCACCUCCACAUCCAGAAAGCUACCAAACCCGCACUCGACACCCAGCUCUCCUAUCCUGAUCAACAACGGGGGCCAAACAGCGCUAUACUGGGACUUCCAUCCCACUUCCGUGGAAGAACCAGAGCAUGAAGGGCCAGGGAAAGGGGUGCUAGGCUGGACCGAGGACGACGAAGAGAUCUUGGUCUACACCCGUGGUCGUAGCGGAGACGCAGGUGUGAGGCGAGGCCUGCUAACAGUCAACCACCACCACCACGGCAGCUCUGGAAGUCUACACUCCAUACACUCCAUGCCCUCCCACACCUCGUCGUCGAUGUCGUCUCUGGGAGCACGCUACGCAGGUCUCGUCCCAGGAGGCGUCCGAAGACCGCUACACGACAAGUUCAUCCUGCACACCGUUCCCGAGAUGAGAGGAGCGGAGGGGUACUACGAGGGCGGUCCGAAACAGAUGUUCGUGGUGAAGCUGAAGAACCGAUCGAACCAGUCCAUGCUCGACCCCGACUCGCGAUACCCAGUGUUCAAAAAACGUCCUUCCGAGCAAAGCAGACACCGCCCCGAGCCGAUAUACGUAGCGAACCAGCCCUACCCAACUCCAUCCAUGAACCCCAACCUCAACGCCAACAACCAGCCAUAUUCAAUCCACGGCGAGAGGGAAUGGAGUACCGAUCUUUCAGCCGUGUGCGACGACAACUUUGGUACCUUCUGCCUGGCAAUGACAUUUCCAUCCAUCGUAUACGGCCGGAAUAAAGCGCGAGUAGAACACCUCCGAACGUUCAACCGACCACUCGACGCGUCAAAAGUGCCCACGGUCUCCAAAGACGGCCUGACGCACGCUGUACUGGGCUUGAUCUGUCUGGCGUGGCCGCUACAGAUGUCAAACCGCAAAUCUAUCCGCAACCGCUACGACAUCCAAGGAAACGCAUGGAAAGACCUAGCAGCCGUCCUCUGCUGCUCGGGGUGCGAACUAGCCCAAGAAAGCCGCGAAAUCGACCUCGAAGAACGCGCCUUGCUCGAGCGCGAAGCAAUCUCGUACCACCACCACAUGUAG